AUGUCGCUAAACGAACAGAGUCUUGAUACUAAUCUAAGAGAAUUAUCAGCAAAACGUAGCUCAUUUAAAGGCCGACUCACUAAGUUUAAAAAUAACUUAGACGUUUUGUCUAGUUGCAAGUCGAUUUCGCCAGUCGAAGUCAGCAAAUUAUCAAUUAAAUUAAGCCGAUUUGAAACAUUGUUUACGGAUUUCGAUGAGCUACAAACGCAAAUAGAGGUUCUUAAUGUAGAAAACCUAGACGCGGAAUUAAAUAUUCGCGAAACUAUUGAGCAAGACUUUUGCUAUUGCAUCGCGACUGCCCAGCAAUUAAUUGAUACAAAUUCUACUCCAAAGAAACAAAAUAAUUCAUCGCAUUCUUGUCAUGAUCACGACAAAUGCGACGGGUUGUUGGGUUUUAAGUUACCAACUAUUAAAAUUUCAAACUUUGAUGGUUCUUAUUACAAAUGGCUGGAAUUUAAGGACAUCUUUGUGUCUCUAGUCCAUGAUAAUACUAGAAUAAAAGAUAUACACAAGUUUUAUUAUUUGAAUUCAUACCUAGAAGGAGAGGCCGCCCGCGUGAUAAGUAAUUUGGAAGUAAGUGAUAAAAAUUAUAGUAAGGCAUGGCAGCUUCUCUGCGAGCGUUAUGAUAACAAGCGCCAAUUGAUAAAUAAUCACUUAAAGGCUUUGCUCAGUGUAGAUACGGUUCGCGAAACCGAGAAAUCUUUUCGUUUUAUUAUAGACCAUGUCACUAAAAACUUACGUGCCCUUCACACAUUAGGGUUGCCUACUGAAAGUUGGGACAUGCUUAUAAUUUUUCUUAUUUCUCAAAAACUAGACCCCACCACAAGUUUGAAGUGGGAAGAAAGCAGAAGUUCAUUGAAAGACAUCCCUACACUAGAUGAUUUCUACCAAUUUCUAAAAAAUAGGGCAGAUGUAUUUGAGACAAUUAAAGGCAAACGUCGCAGUUCCACAGAACCCUCACCAAAGGGUAAGAGGGAGUUUACUAAAUCAUUCUCGGCGACCAGUUCACCUUCUAAAUCUAAAUUUAAUUUUGUCUGUCCAGUUUGUGAAGGUAAACAUCGUAUUUACGAGUGCUUGACCUUCAAGAAUAAAUCUCCAGAAGAUAGAUCUGCACUCGUAUCUUCUCUAAAUCUUUGCCGGAAUUGCCUCCGCAAGGGCCACAGCGUGGAGCAGUGCCGCCUGCCUGGUGGUGGCUGUAAGACCUGUAACCAACGGCACAAUUCACUGAUCCACGUCAACGUCUCCGAAAGUGAAGAAGAACCAGCACUAGAGACUGUUACCAUGUCAUCCACGUCGGUAACUGAAGUUCUACUAUGCACCGCACUAGUUGAUAUGUUUAAUCCGUCCACUAAUGAAAAGGUCACAGUGCGUGCUCUUCUUGACAGCGGAAGCCAGUCCUCAUUCUUGACCACAGCUGUCAAACAAAGUCUUGGCUUACCUUCUCAAAAGAUCGAUACCAAGAUCAUUGGUAUCGGUGACACCAAACUAAAUGUUUUAUCAGAACGAUGUUUAGUCCACAUAAAAUCAAAACAUUCCUCUUUCAAUACGACUGUAUCUUGUUUAGUUUUGCCUAAGCUUACAGGUCAACUGCCUAAGAUUGCCUUCGAUAUUACAAGAUUGAAUAUUUCCAAGUUUCAGCUGGCGGAUCCAACAUUUAACAUUCCCUCUGACAUUGAUGUUAUUCUGGGCGCAGAGCUGUUCUGGUGUAUCAUUGGCACUGAACAGCAUUCUCUUGGUGAGCACUACCCUAUUUUGCGUAGCUCCAAGUUAGGAUGGCUAAUAGCCGGUCCUAUAGGCCCUAGUAAAAAGGCACAUAAAUCGAAGCCUGCUCAAGAAACUUCUUGCAACUUAGUUAGUUGCGACUCAGAUUUAUCUAACGAAAUUACCAAAUUUUGGGAACUUGAGAAAGUGCCUAUAAAGACCAUCUAUACAGAAGAGGAACGUCUUUGCGAACAGCAUUUUCUCCAAAACACUUACCGCUGUGAUGAUGGCUAUUUUUGCGUAAGAAUCCCGCUUCGUUGUGACAAGGAUUGUUUAGGGAAUUCUUAUGCAUUGGCAGGAAGAAGUAUUUUUAACCUUGAAGGGCGCUUCAAUAAACAGCCUUUACUCAAGCAAUCAUAUGUAGAAUUCAUGAGGGAGUAUGCAGACCUUAAGCAUUUAUCUGUGUACGACAAACCCCUAUCAGAAUCUUCAUUUUAUCUGCCUCAUCAUCCAGUUCUUCUAAAACUAACCAGGAAAUCGACUAUCACUGAAAUUUCUGAACUUAAUUCCCAUGCCCCUACAUCACAGAACCCAGCUUAUUUAGUUUCACGUGGUGUGCAGCCCUCUUGCGUGAAUCAAUGUGAGUUAUGGUGGCAUGGAACAAAUUACCUUUUAGAACCAGAAGCGUCUUGGCCCGCACAAGAACAUAGAAUUAAAAACCUACCUGAAAUCAAAGCACUCGCAGUGGAGGCCCAGGAACCUUUCUUUGAUUUAACUAGAAUUUCAAGAUUUCCUAUUUUACAACGCAUUUAUGCCUGGGUGCUUCGAUGUAUCAAUGACGUAAGAAAGUCCAAAAAUAGGUUGACUGGUCUAUUGCGAUCUUCCGAACUUGAUAAUUCUAUGUGUGCUCCAGUGAAGAUUUCACAAGGUCAGUCUUUUGCAAACGAAUUGACACUUUUGUCUAGCAAUAAGCAGUUUAAAGCAAGUUCACUUCUGUCUUCAUUGGACACCGUUAUUGAUGCAAAGGGUAUACUCCGCGUAGGUGGCCGUCUUUCUAUGUUCGAUUUUAAUUACGACAAAAAAUGUCCAAUUUUAUUAUAUGCUGACAGUCAUCUAACUAAGAUUUUAUUUUAUAACGAGCGUGAUCGUCUAAAAUCUGGGGAGUUUCAAGACUCUGUACAAAACUUUGUAUCCAAACAGAAUAUUGAGUUUGAGUUCUCCCUCGUAUACGCUCUUAACUUCAGUGGUUUGUGGGAGGCCGGCACAAAGGCAACCAAAUUUCAUCCAAAAAGAGUAAUGUGCACAUCCAACUUAACUUUCGAGGAAUUAUCUUCAUUGUUUGCACAGGCCACUCAUGUCCUUGCCGAGUCCACCUCUACUGGAAAUCAACACCAACCGACUCGACCGAUUUCAACGGCUGGAGCAGGCGCGCCAGCACUUUUGGAAGCGAUGGGCUAACGAGUAUGUGGCCGAACUACAAAAGCGCACGAAGUGGCGCACAAGGUGUACAACAUUGAAGGUACACGACCUAGUUUUGCUGAAGGAGCCAAGCGCGCCUCCGCUCUGCUGGCGCCUUAGCAGAGUGACACAACUGCAUCCCGGCGCUGAUGACGUGCCCCGCGUUGCAGACAUCUCCACCGCUCAGGGCAUUGUGCGACGGGCCCUUAAUCGGAUCUGCCUGUUGCCAACUUCUUGCUCUUGAAAGGAUCUUUCAAGGGCCGGGAGGAUGUUCGCGCCGCUAGGAUGUGUGUAUACCUAGAUAUAUGUGUCGAGUGACGUGACGCGUAUAAAGUGUUAAAAUGAGAACCCCGACAUUCGAAAUGCGGUAAGAUAGACAGCUACGCGCCGCCUGUGCGUCCACCAUGUUACUUAUUCUCAAUUCUGUACAGUAGUAAUAAAAUGCUUUUAAACAACAUUAGUUGUUAUUCGAGCUUGUUCGACACCUAUC